UCCAUUACCUCAACAGUAGUUGGUGAUAGAUUAUCAUGUCAAAACCCCUGUAUUUCAUUGCCGCUCUCUCCUUCUUCUGUCUCACGCACAGUAUUGUGGAAGUAUCUUCUUCUUCAAUAUGUUCCCACUCUGCUGAUUGCGGUAAUGGAUUUCCCAUUCGGUAUCCUUUCUGGGUGAACAACAAUUCCUCCCAAGAAUACUGCGGUUACCCUGACUUUGAUCUCAAAUGCUCCGAUGACGGCCGACCCUUCAUUAGUCUUCCAAACGACGCAUACUAUGUCACAGAUAUAAACUACCAUAAUUACACAUUAACACUUGUGGACAUGGAUGUGGUGGACCAACCCUGCCCCAGAGCACGCCACAAUGUUAGCUUAGGAAACCUCCCACUGAGUGUUAAUAAUCAGCUGAAUAUGAACCUGAGUUUCUACUUCAAUUGCAGCGUAUCUAAUAAAGUCAAUAAUCUUCCUUCCAACCCCAUACGGUGCUUGAAAAAUGAAGGAUCGAAGCAGUCAUAUAUCGAAACGACGCCGUGGGACACAUAUGGGCUGAAUAUAGAAUGUGAGGAGAAGGUGGUGGUAGUAGUGGUGAAGCAGGAAGAGAUCAGUAGUGAUACCUUGGUAACUGGGUUUGGUGAAGCUAUGAACAAGGGCUUUGUGCUUGAUUGGCGGAGAGCCAUGGAUUGCUCUGAGUGUGAGAUGUCUGGAGGACUUUGUGGGCAAAAUCCAACCAAUAAUCAGACGCUAUGCUUUUGCGGGGAUGGCAGUUUCGCAACCAAAAGCUGCAGCAAAGCCAGAACAGGAGGACGUGCAUUAAGAAAUAAACUCAUUAUAGUUGGUGUUACUGCUGUAGUCGUUAGUGGAGCAAUAGGACUGCUGCUUUCUUGUAAGAUCAAAUCACGGAGGCGAAUAAUUGGAUUAUGCAAGACAUCUCAGGAUGAACAAAAUAUUGAGGCCUUCAUUAGAAAUCACGGUUCUCUAGCUCUUACAAGAUAUAAAUUUGCAGAUGUCAAGAAAAUGACCAACUCUUUCAAAGAUAAAUUGGGACAAGGUGGUUAUGGUUCUGUAUACAAAGGAAAACUCCUCAAUGGCCACCCUGUUGCUGUAAAGUUAUUGAAGGCAUCAAAAGAGAACGGGGAAGAGUUUAUCAAUGAGGUUGCCAGCAGCAGUCGGACUUCCCAUGUAAAUGUUGUUACACUUCUUGGGUUUUGUUUUGAAGGCAAACAGAAGGCUCUCAUAUAUGAAUUUAUGUGCAAUGGAUCUCUUGACAAGUUCAUUCACAACAAUGCAGAUAAGAAUAGUCUAUGCCUGACUUGGGAAAAUUUGUACCAAAUUGCAAUUGGGAUAGCUCGAGGACUUGAGUAUUUGCACAGAGGAUGCAACACUCGAAUUCUACAUUUUGAUAUAAAGCCACAUAACAUCCUUUUAGAUGAAAAUUUUUGUCCCAAGAUCUCAGAUUUUGGUCUUGCUAAGCUUUGUCCUAAAAAAGAAAGCAUCAUUUCAAUUUCAGAAGCCAGAGGAACAAUAGGAUAUCUUGCUCCAGAAGUUUGGAAUAGAAAUAUAGGUGGAGUUUCGUAUAAGUCUGAUGUUUAUAGCUAUGGGAUGAUGCUAUUAGAUAUGGUUGGAGGGAGAAAGAACAUGAAUGUUGAAACCAAUUGUUCAACUAAAAAAUAUUUCCCAAAUUAUAUUUAUGUUCAACUUGAGCAAGACAGUAAUUUGGGAUGUAAUGGAGCCAGUAACGCAGAGGAACAUGAUAUUGCAAAGAGAAUGACCAUUGUGGGUUUGUGGUGCAUCCAAACAUUUCCAAGUCAAAGACCUACAAUGAGUAGGGUGAUUGAAAUGUUGGAAAGAAAAUUUGAGCCAUUGGAAAUGCCACCAAAACCUGUCAUGCCUUCCCCUCCAAGAUUAGAACUAGAAUCUUCUACCAUUGCUACUACCACAACAGAGAUUUUGGGUUUUCAAAGCUCUUCCCACAUGCUGCUGGAGGAACAUUAGGAUUUAGAAAUGUGGAAGAAA